CAGAGCCCUGACCAGGGGGCGCGUCCCCCUGCCUGGUGGCUGCUGCCCUGGACACAGCUCCGUGCGCUGCGGGAAGGACCAGGGUCCGAUCCAGGGCCCCUGCUCCAUCCCACCCACUUGUGCCCCCAUGGCGGUUUCUGGAUAAGCGCCCCUGGACCAGCUGCUGGGCGCAGGCUGUGGGGUCCCACCUGGCCGUGAUGCCUCUGCCCCUGGGCCACCUCGCCUGCCUGUACCUGCUGCUCCUGCCCCUGCAGGAGUCUCACCAGCCAACGGCCGACUUCCGCCUCUACGUGGAGAGCCACACACGGCACCUGGACGAGGUGAGCCGCCGGCACGUCCGCGUCUACCAGCUGUACAGCCGCUCCAGCACUGGGCACCUGCAGGUCCUCGGCAAGAGGGUCCGUGCCAACGGCGAGGACGGCAACAAAUAUGCGCUGCUGGCCAUGGAGAGCGACACCUUUGGGAGCCACGUUCGCAUCAAGGGCAAGGAGACGGGCUACUACGUCUGCAUGGACAGGAGGGGGAAGGUGCUGGGCAAGCUGGACGGGCAGAGCCGGGGCUGCGUCUUCGUGGAAGAAGUCCUGGAGAACAACUACACGGCCUUCAUGUCGGCCUGGCACCGGGGCUGGUACCUGGGCUUCACCCGCAAGGGGCGGGCGCAGACGGGGCCACGCACCCACCGGACCCAGCGCGAAGGGCACUUCAUGAAGAGGCCCCCCAAGGGCGCAGGGGGCGAGGGGCAGAGCCCGUUCCGCUUCACUGCCCUCACCCAGCGGACUAAGCGGGCCCUGGGGCCCUCGAGCCAGAGGCCCGUGCCCAGCCGGUGCCCAUCAGGGGCUGGGGCCCCACGCUGUGCCCAGCUCAGCAGGGCGAGGAGACGGGGUCCCAGCACGCAGUUCAGCUGCUCCGGCCACGCCAAGGCGGGUGGGCGAGGAGCCAGGGGGGGCGGGCAGCCAAGGGGGCGGGCACAGGCGCUGCCCCACAUUCCCGCGGGCUUGCAGUGGUGCACUGCCCCACGGCCCUGA